AUGAGUAUUAUCAUUCUAGAAAUAUUUUUUAUUUAUUUAUGUUUUUUUAAUAUUACAUUUGCUAAUCCUGAAGCAAAACGUUUAUAUGAAGAAUUAAUUAAAGUACGUUCAUAUAAUAAAUUAAUUCGACCAAUUAAAAAUAAUAGUGAAAAAUUAACUGUUUAUUUGGGUCUUCGAUUAACACAAUUACUUGAUGUUGAUGAAAAAAAUCAAAUUAUGACAUCAAAUGUUUGGUUAAAACAGGAAUGGUAUGAUGAUAAACUUCGAUGGGAUCCAAGUAAAUAUGGAGGUGUCGACGUACUAUACAUUCCAAGCCAACAAAUCUGGCUUCCUGAUAUUGUGUUAUAUAAUAAUGCAGAUGGAAAUUAUGAAGUAACUUUAAUGACGAAAGCAACUGUUUAUUAUGAUGGUCGUGUUAUUUGGGAACCACCAGCAAUAUACAAAUCAAGUUGUACAAUCAAUGUUGAAUUUUUUCCAUUUGGAACUUAUUAUUUAAAAGAUAUUCAACGUUGUCAAAUGAAAUUUGGUUCAUGGACAUAUAAUGGUGAACAAGUUGAUCUUGUUCAUAUAAAUCAAACAAAUGGUUCAACAACUAUUUAUGGAAAUAAUAGUGUACAAUAUGCUAUUGAUUUAACAGAUUUUUAUCGUUCAGUUGAAUGGGAUAUAAUGGAAGUUCCAGCACAAAGAAAUGUACGAAAAUAUACAUGUUGUCCACAAACAUAUACUGAUAUAACAUUCUUUAUAACAAUACGUCGUAAAACAUUAUUUUAUACUGUUAAUUUAAUAAUACCAUGUGUUGGUAUAUCAUUUUUAACUGUAUUAACAUUUUAUUUACCAUCAGAUUCUGGUGAAAAAGUGGCACUUUGUAUAUCAAUAUUAUUAUCAUUAACUGUAUUUUUUUUAUUAUUAGCUGAACUUAUACCACCAACAUCACUUGUUGUACCAUUAAUUGGUAAAUAUCUUUUAUUUACAAUGAUAUUAGUAACAUUAUCUAUUGUUGUUACUGUUACUGUACUUAAUAUACAUUUUCGUUCACCAUUAACACAUCAAAUGCCACCAUGGGUACGACGAGUUUUUUUACAAGUUUUACCUAAAUUAUUAUGGAUGCGUAGACCAAAAACAAUUGUUCCAUUACAAUAUCAACAACAAUCAACAUAUUAUACAAAUCAUAUAAAAAAACAUUCGACAACAAAAUUUCUUGUACCAUUACUUCAUACAAAAACAUAUAAUAAAAAUCAAUUUAAUAAACAUUUAAUUAAUAAUAAUGAUAAUAAUUUUGAUCAAGAUAUAAUUGAAAAUUUUGAUAAUGAAAAUGAUUUAAAACAAUCUGAAGAAAUAAAUCAAUCAUCAUCAUCACUUUAUCCAAAUGAAAUAAAAAAAGCAUUUGAUGGUUUAAAAUGUAUUGCAGCACAUAUGAGACAAGAAGAUGAAGAGAAAAAAAUAAAAGAAGAAUGGAAAUAUGUAGCAUUAGUAAUCGAUCGUCUUUUUCUUUAUAUAUUUACAACAGCUUGUAUUGCUGGUACAUGUGGAAUUAUUUUACAAGCACCAUCAAUUUAUGACAAUAGAAAACCAAUUGAUAUUCUCAAAUCUAAUCGUUUUUAA